AUGGUCAAUGCCAAGAUUCUCGCAAUUUCUGUCCUAUUAUCCUUAACGGCCCUCUCCAUCUCACCAGUGGUAGCAGACUCAAAUGGAUCCGUUCUUUGGGACCCCUCAGUGAACAAUGAAAUCAACACUUAUGCCCGGGUCAUUGAACUCCAGCAUGCCGGUGAUAAAAGUGGCAGGCUGUUAGCUACAUGGGAGCAUACGUACACAUCUGGUCCAGAUACGCGCAACGCGAGUGGACAAGCAGGGAAGUUUAUAAUUCGUCAAAGUGAAGAUGGCAAGACUUGGAGAACUCUGACGACUGUCCAUGAUCCAACACGGGCAUACACUCGAUUUGAACAACCUUUCUUCUUCGAAUUCCCCCACCAGAUGGGUAAAUAUCCCGAAGGCACAUUGUUUUUAGUCGGUAACCUUCUGCCGUCUAAUGGAUCGACAACCAACUUUUUCGCUUGGAGGUCCAAAGAUCACGGUGCAACCUGGGAUGCUGUGGGAGAAUGGCAACACGGCGGCCCAUCUCAUUCAGGCAUUUGGGAGCCUUUCCUUUACAUUGAUGAUAAAGGCAGACUUGUGGCGGUAUUUUCCGAUGAACGAAAUCACAAAGCACAUAGCCAGAUGCUAGUCAAUAUCGUUUCCGAAGACGGGGGCGAUACUUGGAGUGAUAUCAGGAUGGCUGUGGCUAGCCACGAGGUCAAAGACCGCCCAGGGAUGGCUACAGUAGCAAAAAUGGAUAAUGGGGAGUAUAUAAUGAGCUAUGAGUUCUGCGGGAACCCCCAUUGUCCCGUGCAUUUCAAAACCUCCAAAGAUGGCCUCUCAUGGGACCCAAGUGAUACGGGAAUUAGCAUCAAUACCGCUGACGGCAUUCAUCCCGUGCAUAGUCCAUACAUGAUCUGGGACCCGUCAACAAAGCAAGUCAUUCUUUCAUGCCAUUACACAUUGCUCAAUUCCAACAAUCAGGAUGCCCCCGAAAAUUCUCGCUCUGUCUUUCUCAACAAAAAUUACGGCAGAGGCGAAUGGUUUUGGGCUCCCAGCCCUUGGAUUGUCCAAAGUAGCCUAAAACCACAACUCUGCAAAGCGAACUAUAGUCCCGACUUGCUCCCAGUUUCGAAUGGAGUGAUUCGAUAUACAGCGCCGUCAGGCCAAGACAAAAGUAAUUUUUGCUCAGAACGGACAGGAGAAGCACCUAUCGGUGUUUUACCUUAUACGGCGAACUUUACGGCCUCUGGCCAAUCCGGUUGGAUUGACUUUGGAGGAAUUUGGGAUGUAUCGGGUGACGAGUAUGGAUUUCAGCCUUUCGGAGAGAGCAAAGAUGCGAUGGCUGUGACAGGAUCAAGCGGAUGGACCGAUUAUAAGAUUGACGGUGAUGUCAUGAUCAUGGGCAGCUCUGGCUCAGUUGGCUUGAAUUUCCGAAUGUCUGCUUCUGACACAGGUCUCAACAAGUUGAAGGGAUACGGGUUGGCCAUUGAGAGUUCUACUGGGAACCUGACCACUUAUCGGCAUACAGAAAGCAAGACUGUCUUGCAUUCGGAGGCUCAUGCUGGAGGAAUUCAGGGAAAGAAAUGGUACCAUUUGUCAGUGGCUGUGAAGUCUGAUAGAAUCACGGUGAUGCUUGCCGAAGACCAGGGUGGUUCGAAGGCCACUACCUACACUGUCACUGACAGCAGCUUCACCCAGGGCAUGGCAGGGGUCUCCGGAAACAAUGGUGGCGGGAGAUAUAGGAACAUUAAAAUAACUAAUUGA